CCUCGGCUUCCGGCCGCGUGCGCCCCGGGGCUCCAAGCAGGCGCGGCCAUGCCGGCGGUGCUGGGCCUGGAGGGCAGCGCCAACAAGGUCGGCGUGGGGGUGGUGCGCGACGGCGCGGUGCUGGCGAACCCGCGGCGGACCUACGUCACGCCCCCGGGCACAGGGUUCCUUCCAGGGGAUACUGCUAGGCAUCACCGGGCGGUUAUCCUGGACCUGCUACAGGAGGCGCUCACAGAGGCUGGACUGACGUCCCAGGAGAUCGACUGCGUUGCCUACACCAAAGGCCCUGGCAUGGGUGCCCCGCUGGUUUCUGUGGCUGUUGUGGCCCGUACCGUGGCCCAGUUGUGGAACAAGCCAUUGCUGGGUGUCAACCACUGUAUAGGCCACAUUGAGAUGGGUCGUCUCAUCACCGGAGCCACCAGCCCGACUGUGCUAUAUGUCAGCGGAGGAAACACGCAGGUGAUCGCAUACUCAGAACGUCGCUACCGCAUCUUUGGGGAAACCAUCGACAUCGCUGUGGGGAAUUGUCUGGAUCGUUUUGCUCGAGUGCUGAAGAUUUCCAAUGACCCAAGUCCAGGCUACAAUAUCGAGCAGAUGGCAAAGCGAGGCAAGAAGCUGGUUGAGCUGCCCUAUACCGUAAAGGGGAUGGACGUCUCGUUCUCGGGGAUCCUGUCUUUCAUAGAGGAUGCCGCCCAGCGCAUGCUGGCCACAGGCGAGUGCACGCCUGAGGAUUUGUGUUUCUCUCUGCAGGAGACCGUGUUCGCCAUGCUGGUCGAGAUCACAGAGCGAGCCAUGGCACAUUGCGGCUCCCAGGAGGCCCUCAUCGUGGGAGGUGUGGGCUGUAAUUUGAGGCUACAGGAGAUGAUGGAGACCAUGUGCCAGGAACGUGGAGCCCGGCUUUUUGCCACAGACGAGAGAUUCUGCAUUGACAACGGGGCCAUGAUAGCCCAGGCCGGCUGGGAGAUGUUUCGGGCAGGGCACAGGACCCCCCUCAGUGACUCUGGGAUCACGCAGAGGUACCGGACAGAUGAAGUGGAAGUGACCUGGAGGGACUAACAGGGAGCAGAUAGUAGCCUCUGGGAGCCUGUGGAAGCUGGGCCUGCUCUCCGUCCCAGCCUGGGCGCUCCUGGCCCCCAUCAUCUGAACCUCAAGUUGACUCCGCAAUAAAAUAUUUCUGGUUUUGUAUGUUAGUAA